CCUCGUGGGUGCAGCGUCAGAUGAGCAGCGGCACCGACCCCCGCCUGGUGCUGGGGGAGCUGCUCCCCAAGGGCGCCUUCGUGCCCCACAACGUGGACGACGGGCUGCUGUGGCGCUUCAUCCUCAACCUGCUCAGCGAGCCCAAGCGGACCAAACUGGCGCACAUCAACACGCUGGAUGACGUCGUGCACCUGCUCAACACCUGCACCAGGAUCAUCGUGCUCACCGGCGCAGGGGUGUCCGUGUCCUGCGGCAUCCCGGACUUCAGGUCGAGGGACGGGAUCUACGCCCGCCUGAGCAAGGACUACCCGGACCUUCCGGACCCCCAGGCCAUGUUCGACAUCCACUACUUCCGCAGGGACCCCAGGCCCUUCUUCAAGUUCGCAAAGGAAAUCUAUCCGGGUCAGUUCUCUCCCUCGCCUAGUCACAAGUUCAUCCAGCUGCUGGAGAAACAGAACAGGUUGCUGCGAAACUACAGCCAGAACAUUGACACCUUGGAGCAUGCAGCAGGGAUAAAGAACGUCAUCACAUGCCACGGUUCCUUCGCAACAGCCACAUGCACCAUCUGCAGGCACAAGGUGGACUCUUCUGUCAUCAAAGAAGACAUCUUCAGUCAGAGGAUCCCGUACUGCCCGUCCUGUCCCCCCGAGACGGGCAUCAUGAAGCCGGACAUCGUGUUCUUCGGGGAGGGGCUCUCGGACGCCUUCCACGAGGCCCUGGCCAAGGACAAGGACGUCUGCGACCUGCUGCUCGUCAUGGGCUCCUCGCUCAAGGUGCGACCCGUCGCCAUGAUACCCAGCUCCAUCCCCACCAAUGUGCCACAGAUCCUGAUCAACAGAGAGCCCCUGAAGCACCUGACCUUCGACGUAGAGCUCCUCGGAGACUGCGAUGUCAUCAUCGGAGAACUCUGCAAGAG